AUGAACCUCCAAGACUUCUUUGCUCGACCUCUCAGCAAAGACCGACCCACGAGAUUUGCAUCAUCAUCAAGCACCGGCGAUGACCAUUCAUCUGCCUUGGAAACCACUUUAUUGGGUUCUCCGGCGCCACCUCCAGCUACCAUUUUGAGCAUGAAAUCCGGCUCUGAUUUUGCAUACCUUCAAAGCUCAUGUACUACUAUUGGGCCAAACCCACGAUUGCAAAGGCAUGUCAGUUUCACUACACCUUCUUUUGUUUCCUCCUUUAACUCUCUGUUCGAUGUGUGCAGCUCUUCUUUGGUACUCCCUACUUGUUGCAAAAGAAGGGCUCAAGAAAAUGAUGAUAAUCCCGGCGAUCGGAGAAAUAAGUGCAUGAUCAAGAACAGAGAAUCAGCCGCUCGCUCUAGAGCAAGGAAACGGGCUUACACGAGUGAGUUGAAACUUGAAGUUGCCCGCUUACAGGAAGAGAAUGCUAGGCUUGAAAGGCAGCAAAGGGAAGUCAAAACAAAGCAAUAUAUUAGUUUUGCUUAUAUGGAUUUGUAG